AGACUCAAUUUUUUUUGUUCACUUUGUAUCAAGACUCAUUUUUUAUCCUUGUAAUAUGAAUCUUUUUGCAUAUUUAGUUUGGUGAUUCAAUACCCUUUUGGCUUUUUGUUUUUUCAAGUUUUUUUAUCAUUAUAUAUGAAUCUUUUUGCAUAUCUUGUUUGGUGAUUUAAUACCAUUUUGGUUUAUGUUUCAAAUUUUUCUUGUUCACUUUGUAUCAAGGCUCAUUUUUUUAUCCUUAUAAUCUGAGUUUAUUUGCAUAUGUUGUUUAAAUUAUCCAGUACCCUUUUGUCUUCUGGUUCAUAUUUAUGCUAUAAUGAGGCUAUUUCACCCUUACUCCAUUUUUUUUUUUUUGUUUGACUUUCUAUCAAGACUCAAUUUUUAUCCUAAUGAUCUGAAUCUGCAUUUGCAUAAUCUUGUCUGAUGUUCCAAUACCCUUUUGGAUUUUGUUUCAUCUUUAUGCUUUGAUGAGGCUAUUUCGACGAUGUACGAGGAUUUCUAUCCUCUCUUUGCUUGCUAUUUCAGUAUUCACACCUGUUUUCUUGCUUUCAUUUAGGCUCAAAAACCUUAACUCUGAUGCAUCUAGAGACUUUGUUGAAGACUUAUCGAUUCUUAAGCAUAGAAUAGAUGCUCAGGCGAAUAGUGCAGUUCAACAGGAAGAAGUUGAAGGCCUAAAAGGACCACACCUGGUUGUCUAUAGAGAUGGAGAUCAUGGCUCUUUAGUCGGCUUGGAUGAGAAUGAUAGGCGUCACAAAGCAGAGAACGUUAACUUAUUGCAAAGCAAUGGGACCACAUAUGGUGGACAAGAAAAAAGUCAACGAAAUCUAUCUGAGCAAAAAGCGUUCCCGUAUAGAGAAAAGGAGAAGUCCAGACCAGAAGGGGUUCAACACAGUCGGAGCAUUCAGUCACAUCCGCGGAGGCCAUUAGAUGAGAAGGUAAAAGAGAUGAAAGAUAAGGUGAUAAGGGCCAAAGCAUACUUGAGUUUUGCACCACCAGAUAGCAACUCUCAUUUUGUGAAAGAGAUAAAGCUACGAAUUAAAGAGCUAGAACGAGCUAUGGGUGAUGUUACUAAAGAUUCUGGUUUGUCAAGGAGGGCCACGCAAAAGAUGAAAGCCAUGGAUGGGACCCUGCUGAAAGCAAGCAGAAUAUACCCUGAUUGCUCAGCUAUGGUGAAUACACUACGUGCCAUGACGUAUAAUGCUGAAGAACAGCUUCGAUCACAAAGGGAUCAAACUUCCUUCCUCGUACAGCUCGCUGCAAGAACUACACCAAAAGGCCUUCAUUGCCUUUCCAUGCAGUUGACCACAGAAUAUUUUGCUCUGCAGCCUGAGGAGCGGGAGUUUCCUAACCAACACAAACUGCAGGAUCCCGAUCUCUAUCACUUUGCUGUUUUCUCAGACAAUGUUUUGGCAUGUUCUGUGGUUGUCAAUACAACUGUUUCAACCGCUAAGGAUCCAGAGAAAAUUGUCUUUCAUAUAGUGACUGAUUCUCUCAACCUGCCAGCCAUGUCGAUGUGGUUCUUGAUGAAUCCUCCUGGCAAAGCUACCAUUCAAAUCCAGAGCAUAGACGGUUUUGAAUGGUUAUCGAUCAAAUACAAUGAGGAUCAGCAGAAGCAAAAAGGCCUUGAUCCAAGAUAUGCUUCUGCACUGAACCACUUACGUUUUUAUCUUCCUGAUAUUUUUCCUUCUGUGAACAAGAUUGUGUUCCUCGACCAUGACGUGGUUGUGCGAAAAGAUCUAACCAGACUUUGGCACAUCAACAUUAAGGGCAAAGUGAAUGGUGCAGUGGAGACUUGUGUGGAAGGUGAGCCUUCAUUCCGCCGAAUGGAUAUGUUCAUCAAUUUCACAGACCCCUCGGUGGCAACAAGGUUCGAUGCAAACACAUGCACUUGGGCAUAUGGUAUGAAUGUAUUUGAUCUGCAGGAGUGGAGGAAGCGAAACUUAACUGCUCUCUAUCACAAGUACUUGGAGCUGGGAAGUAAGAGACCAUUACUGAAAGCUGGUAGUUUACCACUUGGUUGGAUGACAUUUUACAAACACACUCAUGCUCUGGACAGGACAUGGCAUCUACUCGGGUUGGGGUAUGACUCGGGUGUCACACGAGCACAAAUCGAGCAGGCAGCUGUGAUUCAUUAUGAUGGAGUUAUGAAACCAUGGUUAGACAUUGGUGUCCAAAAGUACAAGUCCUAUUGGAACAGACAUGUUAGCUAUGAACAUCCAUAUCUGCAACAAUGUAAUUUACAUGAGUAGCAAUUUGAUCCAAGGAGGUGUAAGCACCACUUAUGUUCACCUUUAUGUGGCCUAGGAAGUUACGGGUUCAAACUAUGACACGACAACCUCUUGUACAAAUGCAAGGUUGGACCACAUUACAUAGUCUAAGCCUUUUUCAGAAUACACACAUAGCAGAAACUUAGUACAUCGAGCUUCCCUUUUUGGUGUUGGAACUACUGACAUUCUCACUUAAUUCUUUCCAUAUUGAUCCACUAUACAUAUUCUUCAUUGUAAAGUUCAAAUUCUUGGGAUGUCAUUGUUUUUACAGACUAUGUAUAGUCAUACUUUGGGGCCUUACAUUUUAUUUUAUAACAUAAGUAUUUAUAAAAAUUUAUUUAACUUUUCUUAAUAUAA